AUGCAGAUAGCACGUCUCAGCGCAGAGAGGCAAAAGGAGUCCUGGACACUGGAUUUGGCAUCCAACAACAUAUCCAUCUCGGACAUUGAGUCGUCGCUUGGGUCCUGGCGCCACGUCCCCGCUGCGACAGCUCUCCGAGACGAAGAUUCCAUGCACCAAGAUCAGGAUGUUAUGCAUUGCUCCGAGGCAUGGAGAAAUGGCCUUCUUCUUUACAUAUUCAGGGCUUAUCAUGGAGCACGUACUCUCGUAUCGCGACGUCAAUAUGAUGUCCAGGCAGGCCUUGUUGCCACUUUUCCUUGCCGGCUGCGAGCUGCGAGAUCGAUCAAUAGAGACGCAGUUUGUCAAACUCUGCUCCAUCUGGGGAUGAUUGGACUCGAUAUCAUAUGUUCCGCGACGCAGUACCUCUGCUCGAAGAAGUCUGGGCCGAGCAGAAGGUAA